AUGGCUACCCCAGCCUCAGAUCCCGCGUUGGUGGCUCUUGCACAAUUAGGGACCUACCGCCUAGGGUGUACUAUCGCCUUUGUUUCGCUGGUCGAUAACUCAGAGACGUAUAUUAUCGCCGAAGCCACGCCGUCGGGCUCACGGUGCGGGAACAAGACAUUCCUGAACGGUAAUACGAUAGGUAUGAGCACUCUAGGUCUGGGAAAGAAUGCAAUUCAAGGCACCCGUUCUUCGAAUAUCAUCAGUGAUGGCCUCAGUACCAUCAUUCGUGAUGUUAGUAUGGAAGCAAAUCUGGUGUCUCAUCCUUUCGUGGAACGAUUUCGACCCAGGCUAUACGCGGAGGUUCCAUUGACUGCAUCCUGUGGAGAAGUAAUUGGAACAUAUUGUGUUGUGAACAAUAAGCCUUGCUAUCAUUUUGGUGCAGGUGAUUUGGCCGAACUGCAGGAUGUUGCCAACGCUGUUGCGAGUCACCUUGAGAAUGUCGGGGCAAUACGGCGUUAUCGCCAAAACGACCGUUUGCUGGGUGGGCUCAUAAGGUUCGUCAAAGGCCAGUCGCCAACUGAGAACGACGGAUGGAAGAGCCGAAGGAAAAGUACGGCGGCGGCUAGUCUUGUAUCGCCCCGUUCAUCGGAAGUGCCAAAUUCGCCUCGUUCAUCUGAUGUCCCAGAGAUCGACCGCCUCUCCGUGUCAACAACUGAUCAUCGCGAUGUCUCACCAUCUUCCACGCGACAUCCGCCACCACAACCUCCAGAAUCCCCUUUCUUCCAGAUACCAGCCUUUGGAACUAAUAAUUCAGUGCCAAAUGGGAUACAUCAGCGACAUGUGAGGAAAAGCUCCGAUGAAACGAGCAACCUCGUCAUGGUGCCAGAAAGCACUCCCAUUUCUGACAAAGCUUCGAUACUCUUUUCUCGUGCAAGUGGGCUACUGCAGGAAUCAACACUCGGGGGUAAUGAAUCGACCGCCAGUGUUGGGGAGUGGGACAAGGAAAGUGACUCCGGGUUUUCUCUCCGCUCACCUAGUGUAUCGUCCUAUGGUGGCUGGUCUGAAAAGCAGUGUGAACCUCUUGGGGUAGCCUCGUCUGAGCGUGCCCUUGGAAACACCGCCAGCAUGUUUAGAAUUCCUUUGACAGAAGGUCUGCUACAUGACAUGUUCACUGCCUUUCCGCAAGGCGAAAUAAUCCACCCACAUCUGGCUUCCGGCUGGCCAGCCCUGAGUUCGUUGCAUCAGCGCAGGCAAAGUAUACAAAGCAACCAGGGUGAGAUCCCUCUGCGGCACUCUAUCAGCACCCGAUUGGCACACAAUUAUCCGGAGGCCAAGUCUAUGAUCUUUCUUCCGCUGUGGAACUGGAACAAAUCUCGCUGGCUUGCAGGAACACUUGUUUGGACCUGCGAUGACCAGCGGCAGCUCGGGAAGGAUGAUCUGCACUUUCUCAGGUCCUUCGGGGAUACAAUUGUUUCUGGGUUCUGCCAGAUAGAAUGGACGGCUACAGAGAAGUCAAAGUCAGACUUGCUGGCAUCUGUUAGUCAUGAGCUUCGCUCCCCGUUGCAUGGCAUGCUUGCCAGCACAGAGCUUCUGCAAACCACGUCUUUGGACACCGCUCAACAAGACAUGGUCGCCAUGGUAGAAACAUGUGGUCUCACGCUAUUGGACACGAUGAAUCACCUGCUCGAGUUUACGAAAAUCAAUAACCUGACCCAUCUGCGCAAAAGAGGCGGUUCAAAUGGUGAAGGGAUGGAUAAUCUGUUGACCGAAUUUGACUUGGACGAAAUUGUGGAAGACGUGACUGAUGCCUUGUACGCAGGCCACCGGUCUCUCAUCAAGGCUGCGAAGGUGGCCAGUCGCUACCUACCAGGUGGAUCUGCCGUAGGUAACAGGCCUGCUGGUGCACCACAAUCGCAAACCGAUGAUCUGUCGGUGAUCCUUCGGAUUGAAGACUUGGGCUCAUGGCACCUGCAGUCACUCUCUGGUGCAUGGAGGCGGAUCAUCAUGAACAUCCUGGGGAAUGCAUUCAAAUUCACGAGAACCGGCUUCAUUGAAGUUUCCCUGGCGAAGAAGGUGGAAAGGUCCGGCUACACGAAGAAGACUCUAGCCCACCUGUCAAUUACGGAUACUGGCUGCGGGAUCUCGCCAGACUUCCUUGAACACCACCUCUUCAAACCAUUUGCGCAGGAGAGCAUUUUGACAGAGGGUGUUGGAUUGGGUCUGAGUGUAGUGAAACAGCUGGUGACAUACCUGGGCGGCGAAGUGGAGGUAAAGAGUGAUGUAGGGGCUGGUACGCAAAUGGACGUGUACAUUCCGGUGGAGUUCGUGGAAGACUCCUCCGCAAUGGAUUGUGGUGCCCCGGGAACGCGGACAAUGACCCGGGUGUCUUUGGUGGGCCUCAAUGCAUACGCAGACCUCAAAGAAGCACCAAGUGGUCUUUUGAGCACAGAAGCGAAGCGUAAGCUGUCGCUAAGAGGCGCACUCAGCAAUGUGUUACUGAGCCAGCCUGGGUGGAUGGUAUCUUUCGCCGAUCACCUAGACAAGGCAUCCGGAGAUAUUGCCGUCAUCGAGGAAUCUACGUUAAAAGCCCUCUCGGAAAGGGGGUUCAUCGACGUGAAUUUCAAGGCUGUUGUGGUCAUUGGCGAACAGGGCGUCACACUCCCCGGAGAUUUUGCCAUCAAAGGAGCUGAUGUCUUCUAUGUUCCUCAGCCGAUUGCACCUCGCAAGAUCUUGCAAGCUUUACAGCGGAUCACAGACUCGAACCAAGGGCUUUCGUAUGCGGAAAGUCCGAUUUUAGGGCCCCUUUCCGGUGUCCCGCUCCGAGGCCGGAGCUUGUCUGAUGCAUUUGCUAUGGCGAAGGGCACGGAAUCGCCACCCGUGGUUCGAGAAAACGUGUCUGAAUUCGCCCCAUCGCCUCCGCGAGAAUCGAUUAGCAAGAACCUCCACGUCUUGAUUGUGGAUGACAAUGAUAUCAACCUUAAGAUCCUCGCCACCUUCCUACGAAAGAUCGGCUGCAGUUACGAAACAGCAUCCAACGGCCUAGCUGCAUUAGAAAAGUACAAAAGUUCUACAAAGCCUUUCGACUACAUCCUCAUGGAUAUCUCAAUGCCAAUUAUGGACGGAAUCGUCUCCUCGAGUAAGAUCCGCGAAUACGAAGAACAACAUUCGCUCCCACGAGCGGCCAUCAUGGCGGUUACCGGCGUAGCCUCGAGCGAGAUGCAACAGCAGGCCUUUGCAGCAGGCAUUGAUGACUACUUGGUGAAACCUCUUUCACUUCACGACCUGAAACGAAUAAUGAAUAUUGCAUGA